UUCCACAAUCUGCAGGAGUUGAGGCACAGCGCAUCUCUGGCUAACAAAGUCUUCAUCCAGAGAGACUACAGUGAAGGGACCACCUGCAAGUUUCAGACCAAGUUCCCCUCUGAGCUGGAGAGCAGGAUUGAGCGGACACUGUUUGAGGACACUGUGAAGACGCUGAAUAACUACUACGCUGAGGCAGAAAAGAUCGGAGGCCAGUCCUACCUGGAGGGGUGUCUGGCGUGUGCUACAGCAUAUCUUAUCUUCCUCUGCAUGGAGACGCGCUAUGAGAAGGUGUUGAAGAAGAUAGCUAAGUACAUUCAGGAGCAGAAUGAGAAGAUUUAUGCUCCCAGGGGGCUGCUCAUCACAGAUCCCAUAGAAAGGGGAAUGCGUGUCAUAGAGAUUUCCAUCUAUGAAGACCGGGGCUCCAGCGGGUCCAGCUCAGGGAGCAGCUCUGUGUCCGGCAGCACUGCUCGAUGACCGGGUAAUUCCUAAAAAACGCGUCCCCCUGAUCACUCACAACCCUGGAGAAGAACUUCGGACAAUGACACUACUCCUGUUCCAACACUUAUUAGCCCACACAUGCUCACACAAAGGAUCCACUAGCUUUUAACAAAGACAGGCAUGUUGCUCCUGACGUGCUAACACAUGCUAAAGUUGUUCAUGAUUUUUUUUAUUUUUGCUGCCAACGCUUAAAACACACACUUCAGUUGUUUAUUACAAAGCAAUUUGCAUGCGCUGACAUGUGUUACUGUAGGAUGCAAUGUCUUCAGUGAGUAGAAAAUUUUGUUAGUAAUACUUUGUGUGAUUGUACCGUUACCUUCCUUCCUGUCCUCUUUGCUUGCUACCACAGCUAACUGUACUGUUUAAUCUGGUGGGUGAGAAAAGAGGGAGGGAGGAAGGAAGUGUAUAGACAGGAGUGAAGACCACAAAUCUCACCAAACCUCAUACCUCAGCCACCACAGUUGCACCAAUGUGGGCCAGUUCAGCCACAGCCGCGCCCUUACCGCACCGGACCAACCAGGAAACUGGACUGAACUCAUCACCAUCAACCCUGCACACCAGACACUGGCUUUUAACAUUUUGGUAAAUGUAAAGUAUGAUGUACAAGUAUAGGGCAUCAUGAAGUUUCACCUCCCCAGAGCCCAGGUAAGCUGUACAAAGACCCUCUCCCCCCUCCCCUUCAUGCUGUCUGGUAGCAGGUGAAUGUCAUUCAGCCCAUCCGUGUAUAUAAUGUAGCAGAUCUUCCAUUUUUCUCACGUGAAGCCUAUAUUUUAUUUGUCAUACACAAAAACACAUGCACAAAUCUAAGUACUAACCUCUUGGUUUCAAUGAGUGAGACCAACUCUUCCUAAAUUUUGAUUAUGCAAAGACAUGCUGUGCAUUAAACGCAGUAGUAAGUAGACAAUGGAUGGGUCAAAAAGUCUUCCUGAAUCUUACAUGUAGUGUUUUAAAAUACACCAACCCUUCCUUGAUUUCUGAACAAACUUCCAAAGAAUGAUGACUGCCAGAAACUGGCUCACAAAUGUGAAUGUGUCUCAUAUUUUGGUGACAUUUUGUGCAAGAACAAACUUUCGUACCGCUUAUUGUUUGAUACACAUGGCAAUGAGUAUAUAUGACUGGUGUCAAAUAAAUACUGUU